AUGGCCAAUCUCACCAUGGUGACAGGAUUCCUCCUCAUGGGCUUUUCCAACAUCUGGGAGCUACAGGUCUUACAUGCAGUCUUCUUCUUGCUGACCUACCUAGUGGCUCUAAUGGGUAAUAUACUUAUUUUCACCCUCGUCUCUCUUGAUGGGAAACUCCAUACUCCCAUGUACUUCUUCCUAAAGAACCUGUCCUUUUUAGACCUCUGCCUUAUUUCCACCACAGUCCCCAAAUCAAUUGCUAACUCUCUAACUCGCACCUGCUACAUCUCUUUUUGGGGGUGUCUCUCACAACUCUUUUUAAUGGUGUUAUUUGUAGCAUCAGAGCUUUUUCUCCUCACAGUGAUGUCCUAUGACCGCUAUGUGGCCAUUUAUCAGCCCCUUCACUAUGAGCUCAUCAUGACUAGAGGGGCUUGUGUGAAGAUGGCAGCUGCUUCCUGGCUCACUGGAGGCUUGUUUGGGGCCCUGUACUCAACCAGUGUAUUCACUUUGCCCUUCUGUGGCUCCAAGGAGAUCCACCAGUUCUUCUGUGCUGUCCCUCCCUUGCUCAAGAUCUCCUGCUCUGAAACACACCUUGCACUUGAUGCCACUGUGGCUUUUGGGAUUGGUAUUUAUCCCACAGGAGACUCUCCUGCUAUCAUUGCUACUGCCACCACUGCCGAUGCUGCCAUCCGUGCCCCUUUGGCUUUGGACUUCUCAGAGUCGUCACCGUAUUGA